AUGGCGCGCCCGCGACUCGUCCUGGCGCCGCUCGCGCUGCUCUCUCUCGUCGCACACGCCUCUAGCAGUGAACAGUGGCGCGGCAUCUCGCCGCAGAUGCUGCAGAAGCUCCGCACCGUGUCCAGCUUCCAUUGCGACGACCGGCGCCAGCAACUGCCACUGUCGCGCCUGAACGACAACUACUGCGACUGCGCGGACGGCAGUGACGAGCCCGGCACGUCCGCGUGUUCGCACACAAAGGCCGUCUUUCACUGUGAGAACGCUGGCUUUUUCGCGACGGAUCUCCCGACCUCUCGCGUGAACGACGGCGUCUGUGACUGCUGCGACGGCUCUGACGAGUACGCGAGUGGCGCGUCUUGUGCCUCGCAGUGUGCCAACGAGAUGCAGCGCUUCAUGGAAGACAAGAAAGAGUUGAUGCAACAAGUGGAUGCCGGUCUGAAGGAUCGCGCUGUGCUGGUAGCCGAGGGCCACAAGCGCUGGAACGAGGAAGAGCUCAAGAUGCGGCAGCUGGAAGCCAACGUGGCUUCUUUGCGUGUAAAUGUGGAGCAACUGAACAAAACGAUGGAGCAGGAGGAGAGAGUGGAGAAGGAAGAAAAGGAGCGACGCACGGCGGCGAGUAAACGCGAGAUCUUGAGGCAAUUGGGGCUACUGGACUUGACCAAGGAGCAGCUGACGUCGAUCAUUCUUGAGAUUGGACGGGAAGGUAUGUCGGCAAAGCACGAUAUGCUGCCGAUUAUACGGAAGGAACGUGAGGCAGCUGUGGGGGUAGACGAAGAGGUGGAAAAGACACCAAUGGAUGAAGAAGACGAGGCUUUCCGUGAGCGAGACGAGGCCCGUCAAGAGGAGACGCGUCGCAUUGAGAAGUUGAUCAAACAGCGUACGAAGGACAGAGAGGAGGCAGCGAAAGCGGAGAAAGUGUCCGAGGAAGAAGCGGAUGAAGACGAUGAAAGUGCAGCGGGGUCGAAAACUGACGCAUCGGUUGAUGACGAUGAGGACGAUCAGCUGGACUCGGACGACUUGGAGCUCCCCGAGGUGGAGACCCACCCGAUUGAUCUGCUUUACGAAGAGCUGGCUGUCGCCGAGCGCUAUGAGUCCACGCAAGCUGUGUCAGCCCGUAAAGAGCACGAAGAUGCAAACAAGAAAGCUGAGGAGGAGGAACGCAAGUUGUCUGAGGCGCAAAAAAUGAUGGACAAGGACUAUGGCGUGGACCGUGUGUUCUUCGGACUGCGCGAUAAGUGUGUGGAAUCCAGCACGGGCGAGUACACGUACAAGGUUUGCUUCUUUGGCCAGGCGACCCAAGACCGGGUCAUUUUGGGCGAUAUGGAGGACAUCAAGGGUCCCGAGAUGCAGGACAGCGAGGGUCUAUCUGUCGCUCCUGAAGCUGCGUCGUCUGCUGACAAAGCUGUGAAGCAGAUCAAGUUUUCGAAUGGCCAAACGUGCUGGAAUGGCCCGAGACGAUCGUUGACGGUGACGUUGGAGUGCGGCCCGGAGCCCACGGUGCUCUCUGGUAUUGAGGAACCCAGUAUGUGCGUGUACUUGGCCAAGCUGCGUACACCUGCAGUGUGCAGCGAGGACGAUCGCAAACGGAUCCUGACGUUUGACGACGCGCAGGUGACACCUCACCACAUCGAAAUCGAGGUGUUGCCCACGCUGUGA